CAAGCGCAUGAUCCACUCGCCAGCUCCAGCGCCAACUCCAGCUCUCCAACGUCAACAUCCACGACUCCAACCCUAGAGCUAACCCUAUCCACAACCUCCGCGGUCACUCGAUCCGGCCAAGCUGCGCAGUCUUCAUGAGCGAGCUGCAGAAAUCCUUUGCCAAAUCCCGAUUGGCCAAGCUGCCACUCCAACCGCCAACCGGUCCGUCAAUGCAUCCCCUCGAUGAGGAGGUCAGUCACGAUGAUGACUCCUCCUCCGCCUCGUCCGCGGGGACGAUAGUCCCCUCACCGAGCAGACAUUUAUUUGCAAGGCCUGGUCGAGGAUCCCUCCAACCAACAACGCUCCCGUGGACAGACUUCUUCACUCAAGAACUCUACCUCACACAAAUUGACACAUCUAGCAACAUCAAAACCACCCACCAUGUCUACCUCACCCCCCCCGUAGACUCCACCAGCCCUCUCUUCGUCAUGCACCACGGCGCCGGCUCAUCUGGCCUGUCCUUCGCCGCCUGCGCUGACGAGAUCCGCAAGAUCAUCCCCAAAGCCGGCAUCUUGUCUGUGGAUGCCCGCGAUCAUGGCAGCACGGCGGUUACCACCGCCUCCGGCGAGGACAGGCACGUUGAGCUGGACCUGAGCCUCGACACUUUGAACCGGGACCUGGUGUUUGUGGUCCGCGAGACCCAGACCCGGAUGGGCUGGGAGAGUCUCCCCGAUCUGAUUCUCGUAGGCCAUAGUUUGGGAGGUGCAGUAAUUACUGAUGUCGCAAGGAAGGGUGAGUUGGGGAAUAAAGUUUUGGCAUAUGCGGUUUUGGAUGUUGUUGAGGGGUCCGCCAUGGAUGCCCUCCAAAGUAUGGAAACAUAUCUGUUGACUCGCCCAUCCCGCUUCCCAUCCAUCACAUCCGGAAUCGAAUGGCACACCCGUUCCCGCACAAUCCGCAACAAAACCUCCGCACGAGUCUCCGUCCCCUCCCUCCUCUACGAGGACCCCAACCCACCCGACCCCACCAAACCCUGGAUCUGGCGAACCAAUCUCUCCGAGACCAAGCCCUUCUGGGAGAACUGGUUCGUCGGACUCAGUCGCAAGUUUCUCGAAGCUCGCGGCGGCAAGUUACUUCUCUUGGCGGGAACAGAUCGACUAGAUAAAGAGUUGAUGAUUGGACAGAUGCAGGGUAAAUAUCAACUCCAAGUCCUGCCCGAAGCAGGCCACUUCAUUCAGGAAGACCAACCGGCCAAGACGGCCCAGAUUUUGGUGGACUUUUAUAGAAGAAAUGAUCGGAGUGCGUUGGUUUUGCCUCCCAAGGUUGCUGAUAUGCAGGCUUCGGCGGCCAUGAAGAACGGGACUGGGGUAGCCGGGACGGGGUUAGGGGCCCCGUUCAAGAGGGUGUGACGUAAAUACUAGCUACCAUAGAUAGACUGUGUCUGAGGUGUCAUGUGUGGAUGUGCAUGUGAAUAGAUAGGCUUAGAGGGAUUUUGUACAAUGAUGAUAUCCGUAA